UCUUGACCGGCUCAACAGCUGAAAUUGCUGCUGCUUCUGUUGGUGAGAAGAAUCCGAUGGAGACUGUCCAACAAACUGAAGGUGAAGGAAAGGGACACAAGGUGCUUGAAACAGAAGCUUUGGAAGAAGCCUCAGAGGCAGUGGCCAAGGAAGCAUCUGAAGAGGGAGCAGUUGUAGAAGGUGAGGAGGAGGUGAAGUCUGGAGAGGGUGAGAAAAGUGCAGAAGAUGCUCAGACUCCAGCUGCUGAAGAAGUGAUAGCGGAGGUGACAUCUGCUCUGGCUGCAGCUGUGGACAAGGAGGCAGCGGCUGGAUCUCAUCCUGAGGAAACAACAUCUCCAAUGCCCACUGUGGACGAGGCAGAGGCUGAAGUUCAACCUGCUCCUGAGGAGGCCAUCGCUGCUGAAGAUGCUGCUGAAGAUGAGGCUGUCUCCUCUGAAGAUGCUGCUCCUCCCGAGGAGGCCACAGUCACCGGUGAAGGUGCCCCACUGGAUGAGAUUUCAUCAGCUGACCAGGCAGCAGCUGAAACAUCUGCAGAGGAGACAGCUGAAGCUGCUGUCAGCACAACUCAGCUGGCAGCAGCCUCCGUUGGAGCAGACCUAGAGGUUCUUUCAGUUGCAGAAGCAGAGCCUACAUCAGGAGCUCCUGUGCAUGAGGAGAAGCCCUGCCACUCCUGCCACUCUGCUCCCUCAGCAGGAGAGGAGGUGGCGCCACCUGCUGCUGUAGGAGAGGAGCUGAUCGCCGACGGAGCUGUGGAUACUUCACAAGAAGCCAAGGACGCAGCCUCAGCACAAAAGACAAAGGAGUCCAACUGGACUGUAAAACGCUGCUCAGUCAUGUAAUUUUACAGUUAAGAAGCCAUGGAGGCGACGGUGGUGGUGAUAGCCCAGUCGUGACGGGACAGACAGUGUGCCUUCCACAACACUCGCCUAUCUGUCAACCAAGCCAGAGCGACCGGCGGAAAACAAAAAACAUGAAUAGAGGUAGUCACAGGUGUAACUGACUCGAACGUCCUUUCUGAAAUGUUAUCAGAGUUGUCUUCUGUAUUAGUGCUUGUGAGGUGAUUCCUAUCAUGUCCUCUAGGUGCCACUGUUGCAAAACCUUUCAUGAUCAGCUGAGGCUUCUUUAAAUCUUUCAGUAGGCAGUGGAAGUGGGUUACUGUAAUACUGUGUUUUAUUUUAGUACUGUGAUAGACCACUUUUAUAGAUAAUAAGCUUGCCAAUGUGGACAAGAAUUUUUAAUGGGAGUGUCACCUCAGUGUGAUUUACCUGCUCAUAUCAGCUCACAUACAUGUAAUAACUUUGUUUCAGAACCAGAGUUACAAAGUUCUUCAAAAUAUUUACAAAAAACAAUCUUAAAACAGUAGAAUGUUUAUAAAAUGAGAACUGCACAAAUAGAUGUAUAAAUGUGAGGAAAAGCAUCAGGUUUAAUAACAGAUAACAAAAUCCAAAAGAGGCAAAUCACAGACAAUGAAGUGAAGAGCAGGGGCAUCUUCAGAAUUUUUUUUCAUAGGAGUGGCCAUAUGGGGGCCACUAAAAAUAUUGGGAAUUUCCAGUUUUAUUAUGCUGUUGUCAAAUAUUGGUUACUUAAAAAAAUGAGAAGAGAAGAGAAGAGAAGAGAAGAGAAGAGAAGAGAAGAGAAGAGAAGAGAAGAGAAGAGAAGAGAAGAGAAGGGCAGGACUAUUUAUACACCCGGGGCUAACCGGUUUUGUGUUACUCUAACGAAAUGGUACUAAAACAGGAGAAUGAGACACAGGUGAAAGUAAUCAGGAUAUUCAGACAGAUGAGUAAAACCCAAAACAAACUAUCAAAAUAAAAUAAAAAAACAAUCCACAAGACAGGAAGAAACACUGAGGGAAGUAAGCAUGUGAGAAAUCCAUCUAUCCAUCCAUUUGAGUGUGAGUUAUCUUGCCUGUUGUUACAGGCUGUUCAGUUCUUUUACAACACAGUGAGAGCUUGGUCCGUAUUGCCAAUAAUAAGUUGGAUUUAGUCCUGAUCGCAGUUUGACAGCCAGUGCUGUCCUCUGUCGGGGAUUAUAUUCCUAAUUUCUAUGGACAGGAUUUCUGUGUGUAGCCAAGCACUGGAAAGUCUCCGGUUUUGUGGCUGCUCGAUCUCAAGUGCUUUGAGUGCUCAAGCAGAGUAGAAAAGUGCUAUAAGAAUCAGUCUAUUUACCAUCUAAUAUCUGUUUUUAUGGAUGUGGUUCUGUUGGCUUCAUCAGGUGACCUCCUCCAGCUCGCACUGGGGUGGUUCGCAGCUGAGUUUGAAGCAAUGAGAAUGAAAAUGAUCUCCUCUGAGCCUGGGUGGAGUGCUCACUCUGGGUGAGAGAUGAGUUGCUGUGCUAAGUGAAAGAGUCUAAGUAUCUUGGGGUCUUGUUCACAAGUGAAACGAACAGGAGACUGAUAAACAGAUCAGUGUUCCAUCCGCAGUGCGGACACUGUACCGGUCUGUUGUGGUGAAGAAAGAGCUGAGCAUGAAAAUAAAGCUGUCCAUUUACCAGUUACCAACCUUACCUAUGGUCACAAGCUCAAGGUAGUGAAUACAAUAAUGUCAUCUCAAAUACAAGUAAUGGAAAUUCCUCUAACUUAGAAAUCGGGUGAGGAGCUCAGUUAUUUAUGAGUGGCUUAGACUGGAGCCGCUACCCCUCAGCACUGAAAGGAGCCAGCUGAAGUGAUUCAAGCAUCUGACUACGAUACUUCCUGGGUGCCCUCUGGGUGAGGGCAGACCCAGCACACGCUGGAGAGAUUAUAUCGCUCAGCUGGCUUGGACACAUCUUGCUGUCGCCAUAAAUAAGGUGGAGGAGGUGCCUGUGUAGAGGGAGGUCUGGGCUUCUCUGUGUAAGCUGCUCCCCCACAAUCCAAACCCAGAUAAGCGGCAGAAGAUGGAUGGAUGGAUGGAUGGAUGGAUGGAUGGAUGGAUGGAUGGAUGGAUGGAUGGAUGGAUGGAUGGAUGACAAUCUUUUUCUCAUAAUACAAAGGCAGGUACUUACAUGACUGUCUUAUUAUCCAUAUAUAUUAGAAUUUUCUAGGUUUUAGUCUUCCUCUACAACUACAAUAAAAAAAAUAAGUGGGGUUUAAUUUACUCAAAGGAAAAAAGAAUUUUGUUUGUCAAAUGGCAGAAAAAUAUUGUGGUUGUUUAUAUUUUAGCUUCUGCAACAAAAGUUUGCUUUGAGUGGUUUAAAUAUUAAGUAUGUGAACGUCAGUGCUUCCAGUUAUGUAAGAGUGACACAAAAGCUUUAUUUUACAUACAGAAAUAAACAUGUUAUUGAUGCACUUUUCCUUCUUUUCUGAUACCACUAGCACCUAAAAUAGUUUAGAAAAAAGUGUUGAAAGGUUAAACACACAAACACAGACACAUAUACACACAUACGGAGGUGAAAAAUACCUGAUGCCAGAAAAUAUCCCGUAAACACACUUCCACAUCCAUACCAACACCUGUCUAUACUUACACAAAUCUCCAUUUAUGUGCAGACUGGGUAAGAGAAUAAGAGAAAAUGAUUGUAGAUAUACAGAUUGAAACUUUGUUUAAUAUAUUUGCAUAUUAAACAGUAACUUUAAAGCUUGUAAUUAGCAAAUUGCUCUGCAAAUGACUUCUCUGUUGUCUGAUAAUGUGCUCAAAUUUUAAAUAAAGUGAUGUAAUAACA